AUGCAGGCUGAGAAGCCUCAGUGGGACAUGGCAAGGCAGCCGUCAGGCAAGAUCCUCUCACUGGACAGGCAAGGGGCCAAGAAGGUGCUGGAGAUCUACGUCAAGCGCUCCCUGAGCUGCUACGAGAACCCAAAGAAACCAUUUCAGGUGAGAGGUGGUGGCCAUGGGAGGAAGGCAGGUGAGCUGCAGCGGUCGAAAAGUGACUUCUACAAGUAUACAUGCGUCAGACACAGCCCCAGGAAGGAGCAGGAGGAUGGACCCAAUUCACUGGACCUGGAUGAGGCUUUGGAUGAUGACAGCAAAGCCCCUGGGGAGGUCUCUAAAGAGGAGCUGGAGCCCAAGAGGAAAAGCACAAAAAGCUCUUCCCAAGGCAGAACCCAACGCACCUGGUUCAAAACUGUCUUAAACUUCCUCUUCAAGAAGAGCCCCGAGGACCAGAAGGAAAACGUGGGGCAAAAGGCAAAGGAGAAAGAUGCCAAAGGUCCUCACAGCUCCAAACCAGAAGGGGUGAAAAGAGCCACGGGGCACUCCAGCACAUCCCCAUCACCGGGCAGAGCCUCCAAGAAGAGAGCCAGCCUCAAGAAGGUUUUCUCCUUCAAGAAGCACAUGGAGGAGGAGAAGGGAGAGACAGGAGCAGGGGCAAGGGCCAAGAGACCCAGCUGCCUUCCCCUGCGGCACGUCCAGGCUCCGGCCACAGCAGAUGAGGAGCAGCCUGAUGGUUACUAUGCACGAGUCUCAGAAGAGAUUGGGCUGAUUGUGCAGGGCAGUGAGAGCCAGGGGAGCAGAGCAUGUGGAUGUGAGGAGCCACCACGGCCAGCCAGCGCUGAUGGGGUCGAUGAAGCCAUCUGGAGAAUCGUGGCCCUGCUCCAGAGAGCAGGAGAUGAGCUGGACAGGCAGGUGAAGGAAGACGCGCGGCUACGGACAUUCUUCAGAGACAUGUCCUACAGCUCCUUCAAGGACCUGGCCGAUGCCUACGUCCAUAAGGAAAUGACAACCAGCAGACCCAAUGUCAAUCCCGAAGAGAUCCAGUUUGCCUUCACAGUACACCUCACCGCCAAGGUGGCAGGCAUCUGCAACCAGGCAGUGAACAGGAUCAUGGGCUUUGGCACCCGCUACCUGGAGGAUUCCUUUGCACCCUUGUCCUACAGCAGAAUUCUCCAGAACAGAGAAGAGCUCAGCAGAGACAUCUGUGAGAGCCCAGACUGA